GCGUGUCACGUGACUGGAGCCACCAGGAGGAUGCCGGUGGGGUAAGGCGCGCGCCUUCCGCGUCCCCGGGGCUGCCGUGUACGCGCCCGGCUCAGUAUGCCAUGGGGAACUGCUGGACGCGGUGCUGGAGUCUCUUCAGGAGGGAAAAUAAUCGCCUCCAGAGGUCGGCAGGAGGAUCCAAAUAUUUUCGAACUUGCACCAGAGGAGAGCACUAUACUAUUGAGUUUGAAAACCUUGUAGAAAGUGAUGAGGGGGAAAGCCCAGGAAGCAGCCAAAGACCCUUAAGUGAAGAAGAAAUAUUGGAUCUAAAGGAAAGACACUACAACUCUAUUAUAGAGCGCCAGAAAACAGAGGAUGUCAAGAUACAGGAUGAGUUAGCCUUACAGGAGAAGAAGUUAAGACUAGAAGAAGAGGCUAUAUAUGCCGCACAGCGUGAAGCUGCCAGGGCAGCCAAGCAGAAAAAGAUUUUGGAGCAACACCGAUUACAGUGGAUUAAGAACAAAGCACAAGCUGCUAAAAAUGGAGAAAGCUCGGUAGCAGAAGAUUUCGAAUCCUACUUACGGAACGUGAGAUCCCAAUAUGAGGCGGUCAGGAGUAGCAGAUUAUCAUCAGAUGCAAACCUUUUAACUCCUAACACAGAGAGUAGCUGUGAUCUUACAACUAGGACAAAGUCUACAAGUGGAAAUGAUGACAACACAUCCCUUGACCUUGAGUGGGAGGAUGAAGAAGGAAUAAACAGGUUUGUCCCAAUGAGAGAGCGCUCAAAAACAGAAGAGGACAUCCUCCGAGCAGCUUUAAAAUCCGGUGUUAAGAAACCUGGAAGCCACACUGCCUCUGAUGACUCCAAUGGGCUGGAGUGGGAGAAUGAUUUUGUGAGUGCGGAGAUGGACGAUAAUGGUAACUCAGAAUACGCAGGGUUUGUAAACCCAGUGACCGAACCUUCUGCUGGGCAGCAGGACAGGUAGAAAAGACCGAGCACCAAGGAAUGUGGCAAUAGCCCCUUAAUAGAAAGCUUUCUCCUUUUCCUCAUGGGUUUUUGAAUGUACAGUUUUUUGAGAGCCUUUUUUAUUCAACAAUUUCAAGUGCAAGUUCAAGUGCAAUUUCCAUUUGUCUCUUGCAGACGUCUCCUAUAUUUAAAAUAAUAGGGUACGUAGUUGGCUUCUUCACACUGGUCCAAGCUCACUUAUAAGUCAUAUGCACUAUUUUAGAACAUGAUACUAUGGCAGUUGUUUUGCACUUUGUCUCCAACAGCCAUUGACUUGCUGGAUACGGAUUGUCUUUAUUUUCUAUGGGUUUUGUUAGCAGCACUUUAACUGUGAAUGUGAUUGCUUAUGUGAUAAACCUGAAGAUUUAUGUAAAGCUGAGCACAAGCUGUAUAAUAGCAAGUGACUGGAUCUUCAUGAGUUAAUGUGACUUGCCUUAUCUCUUGUACAUUCCCUUCACAACACUUCAAGACUGAGUGAUGUCAGUUAGAAACCCUAUUCGGAUAGGCCUCUUCACACUGCUGUUUCUCCCCGUCGAGAACGGCCCUUAUUCUUAUUUUAUUUUUUUGUGUGUGUGUGUAUGUGACUUUAACGGCUGUUCUCAUGACUGGCAACAACGGCUCCCAUUUACUAUAAUGGGGGCUGUCGGGCACCCUUAUUUUUUUACGGGACCAGUGGGAGAAAAAGAUGGCACAUGCAGUAAUUUUACUCCCACUCUUACCCCGGGCUCCCCUGCCGGCCGUCACACUACCGUGUGCUACCGGCAGUGUGAAAGAAGCCUUACAGGUGAGCACAGCUAGGACUUCUUGGCUCUAGCAGGACACCAAACUGCAAGAUGUUCUCAGAACAGAAGCUAUUGGCACUCCUAAUAUACUGUAUCAUGUAUUAGGAGAUGGAUGUUCCUGGUAGUCUUCAGCAGGUGGCACAGAAAAAUGUAUGCAUAUUAUCUGUUUUUGGAGAUGUUGCAAACUUGUCUAAAAGAAAGACUCUGUUUUGAGUAACUUCAUAAAAUAAAUCAUUUCUCUAGUUUAUCUACAGUUUGCCUGUAUGGCCUUGAUACAUCUUUAUUAGAUGUGUAUCUCAUGCUUUCAUAAUUAACACUUACUAGAAGAUGAUAAACAGAACAUUGUCCCCUAUGUCACCCACAUUCCUUAUCAGUAAUUCACUUUAUGCCAUGUAACAAGAGGGCACAGUACAAUGAACUUCCUCUGAGCUGAGAUUUAAUAACCUGGAAAGUGUGAUAAUCCAGUAUUUGUUUCAUUUUAUUGUGGGCUCCUUUUCAAUCUCAAGAUUUACCUAAUGAUCCUUAAAUCAGACAGGGUUUACACCAUGUUGUUGGCAUCCUGUUGAAAUGUUUUGUUUUUUCCCGUAAGAUUAAGUCCAACUGUUCAUUUUUUGCCAGAUCAGUUUACCGUAUAUACUCGAGUAUAAGCCGAAUUUUUCAGCACGACUUUUCGCGUUGAAAAUGCCCCACCUCGGCUUAUACUCGAGUGAACUCUCCACCUGUCAAUCCCUUCAUCAGUGGUCUUCAACCUGCAGACCUCCAGAU